UCUUCACACACAGGGCCAGCCAGCAGACAGAACAGUCCCAUCCAGAAAGGUGUCCUGUGGCCUGUCCCCACAAGAUGCCAAGAGAAGAGGCUCACUUCAUCUUUGGUUACCCCAAGAAGGGGCACAACCACUCCUACAUCACAGCUGAAGAGGCUGCAGGGAUUGGCAUCCUGAUGGUGAUCCUGGGAAUUUUGCUGCUCAUUGGCUGUUGGUAUUGUAGAAGACGAAGUGGAUACAGAAGCUUGAGGGACAAAAAUAUUCAUGCUGGCACUCAAAGUACCUUAACAGGAAGAUGUCCAUUUGAGAGGUUUGGUCACCAGGACAGCAAAUUCCCGUUUCAAGAGAAUAACUGUGAAUCUGUGGUUCCCAGUGCUCCACCUGCCUAUGAGAAACUCUCUGAAGAACAGUCACCACCACCUUAUUCACCGUGAGAAUGCUGAGAGAUGAUGAAAUGAUUUCCUUUACACUUUUGCUGGAAUUUAAUAUGGACAUCUAAUGUUCUGCUUCAGAAUACUGUAGAAACAGUGUACAUCACCUGGCAAUACUAAUUGAGGGAAUGAUGAGAAAUCU